CGUAUUCAUGCAGGAGAGAAGCCAUAUCAAUGUGAUAUCUGUGGUAAUUCAUUCUCUGAUAAUAGUGUCUUAACUAAGCACAAGCAUAUUCAUACAGGAGAGAAACCAUAUCACUGUCAUAUUUGUGGUAAGCCAUUCUCUGGCAGUACUGCCUUAGUAGCACACAAACGUAUUCAUACAGGAGAGAGACCAUAUAAUUGUGAUGUCUGUGGUAAAUCAUUCUCUCAAAGUAUUCACUUAACUGCACAUAAACGUACUCAUACAGGAGAGAAACCAUAUCACUGUAAUAUUUGUGGUAAAUCAUUUACUAGUAAUAGUUCUUUAAAUGUACACACACGUAUUCAUACAGGGGAGACGCCAUAUCAUUGUAAUAUUUGUGGUAAAUCAUUCUCUUAUAGUAGUACCUUAACUAUGCAUAAACAUACUCAUACAGGAGAGAAGCCAUAUCACUGUGAUUUUUGUGGUAAAGCAUUCACUGAUAGUAGUAAUCUUUCUACACACAGGCGUAUUCAUACAGGAGAGAAACCAUAUCACUGUUCUAUCUGCGGUGAAUCAUUCUCUCAUAAUAGUACCCUAACUACACAUAAGCGUAUUCAUACAGGAGAAAAGCCAUAUCACUGUGAUAUUUGU